UUUGAUCAUUUUUACAAUUAAAAACUCAACGAAAUGUUGGUUCAUGAAGGAAAUACGGGUGUACUUUUAAAGUUAUAUUGUUUUAUAUAAUCACCGGCAACUUUAACAGUGUCACCGCCCGUUUUCGGACUGGAUGUGUGAUUAUGGAAGACCUGGAAAUGACCAAAGAGGAGCCUCAGCGUUGGAUUUCAGAGAUAUUGAAAAAUCUUGGUGUGAUAUCGCCUGAUGUGCAGGAGAAAUGCAAGCUUUUGCAAUGCCUAUUGGAAAAUAGGAAGACACAAGCUGACCGUCUCGUAAAACUCUGCACGUCUGUGGGUGAGUGUGAAGCCAUUGUGAAAAAGCAGUAUACUUUGCUGGGGUGGGAGUACAAAGACGAUGAUUCUGACGAUGACGACGAUAUCACAUGCUAUGAAAUCCCUUGUACAACAACACAACAACACAAAGUGGUCUUGACCAGAACAAGCAGUUGUGAAAUAGUGGAUUUGCUACAACCAAGUCCUGAAGAUCAUCCCUGCCUAAGCCCUUUUCUGCCAGAUUUAGAACCUGACAAUGACACAAACCAUUUGAAUUAUUCUAUGGAGUCGUCAUCAAACAAGAGAAGAUGUGUUACAGUUGAAAGAUCCCCAGCAAACACAAUGGAUUUAUCAAUAUCCUCAGUUGAACUCAGCCAGAUAGAUAAGGCCACUGUGAGCGAUGCAACAGUAACAAGAAAACCUGUAGAAAACAACACACAGAACGAGGAACAGGAGGAAACAAAACUAGAAGAAAAUUACAUUGUGAACGAGAUGAAGGAAAAAAGAAAAACAGCGGAAAAUUACACUGCAAACGGGAUAACGGAAAAAAGAAAACUAAUAGAAAACGACACUGUGACCGAGAUAAAGAAAAAAACAAAACCAGCAGAAAAUUACACUCCAAACAUGAUAGAGGAAACAAGAAAACCAAUAGAAAACGACUCUCUGAAGGAGAUAAAGGAAAAAAUUAAACCAGCAGAAAAUGACACAGCAAGCAAGAGAAAGGAAAAAAGAAAACGGGCAGAGAAUGACACAGCAAGCAAGACCAAAGAAAAAAGAAAACGGGCAGAGAAUGACACAGCAAGCAAGACCAAAGAAAAAAGAAAACAAACAAAAAAUUACAUAACAAACAAGACGAAGGAAAAUAGAAAACUAACGGAAAAUGACACAACAAAGAAGACAAAGGGAAGACAAAAACCAGCAGAAAAUGACACAAUCAUGACAAAGGAUAAAAGAAAACAAACAGAAAACGACACAACAAUCAACACAACGGAAAAAGGAAAACAAACAGAAAAUGACCCAUCAAGCAACACAAUGGAAAAAAGAAAACUAACAGAAAAUGACACAACAAACAGAAUAAAGAAAAAUGGAAAACCAACCAAAAAGGACAAAGCAAACAAUACAAAGGAAAAACUAAAAUCUGCACAAAAUGACACAAAUAAGGCAAAGCAAAAAAAAGAACCAGAACAAAAUGACACGGCACACAAGACAAAGGAAAAAAGAAAACCAAAACAAAAUGACACAGCAAACGACACAAAAGAAACCAGAAAAGUAGCAGAAAAUGACAGCACAAGCAAGGAAAUAAACCGAGCAAAACGUGAGCAUACCCCUAUAAUUGAUUCAUCAGUGUUUGCCCACACUCCUCAUGAAACCCUUAAGACUCGUCCUGAAUUGCCCAAAGAAGAGAUUAAGGUGGACAUGGUUGUGCUGGCCAAAAAGAACAACUUGAGAUGGCAUCGAGGUCAGAUUGUGGAAGUUGUUAUGAAGGAAAACGGACGAUUGAAGUACAAAGUCAUUUUCGAAGAAAAAGGAAAGCGUCUGGUCUCGUGCCACCAUAUUGCUUUUGAAACCAUGCCAAAACUGGAGCAGCUGUAUGUUGGCGCUCGUGUUGUGGUCAAGUGUCAAGAUGACGCAACUCUGUUCAGAGAUGGUAUCCUGGCAGAGCUCCCCUGCAAAAAGAACCGUCUCAGGUUUUUGGUGUUCCUGGAUAACCACAAGCCCAUCUAUGUUGGCCUGACAUUAUUUCACCUCGUGUGCAGACCAUUACCAGAACCUGUAGAGGACAUCCAGGACGAAGCUCACAGAAGUUUUAUGGCUCAAUACUUAAGGGAUUGGCCUUACCCUCAUCUAACCCAGUACAAGUCUGGCCAGACUGCCUCUGUGGAGUUUAAUGACGAGUAUCACAAGUGCAAGGUGGAGCUGGUGGACUCCAGUUUGAUGAAGGUUUUGUUUAAGUUUGAUCAGCACAAAGAGUGGAUUCACCGUGGUUCCAUGCGGCUAGAACAUAUGCCAAGAUUUUUGGAAAUGAGGAGAAGAGAAGCAGACGGUGGUGAAAACUGAAUGACUGCUCUGGACAAUACCUUUUUAUCCAUACUUUUAUAUUGCUACUUUUCCCUUUAGUAAUUGUACAAAGGAUAUAUUGUUACUUUUCAAAAGCCCCCUGGUAGGUGCCAGAAGACUUCCCAGAGAGUUUCAGCAACAUGAUAAAAUCCAAAGGAAGACACUUUUCAAACCUGCUCAACUAACUUAUUUUAAAAGGCAAUUUGUUUCAAGCCUCAAAUUAUUCAGUCAAGCCCCAAAUUAUUCACAACCCAGCAGAUUUUGACUUGAAGAUACUUUUAUUCCAUCAGCGAUGUACUUUAUCUGUCAAAGUCAAUGAGUAUGACCUAACCUGAUUGGUUACCCGACAUUUCCCCUUGUUUUUGUAACCUGUCGCCCUGAAGAGCAGAGUAAUACUGGUCUGAGAGUGAAGAAGUAACUCCAACGAUUUCACAUAUUUAAAUAAUGAUUUAGAGAUGUAUUUAUUUCAUUGUGUCCCAUUUGACCCCCCAUAGAACACGGGUUCCUGGUUCGAUUUGUUAAAAUUAUGAAAUCGAACUAUCUUAACAGAAGCGAUAUCCUCUAAAGUUCUGUGCAGCUUUAGAGGCAUUUUUUUCUGGUUUACUUUUUUUUUAAACUUUUUUCGGUUACUUUGGUGUAUUAUAAUUAGUCCUUGUUUCAUCAAUAAAGUACUGUAUAUCUAUUA